GCCGUAGGCGAGCGCGAUCAUGUCACGCUUCUGGAACGAAAAAUUCAUGACCUCCAAAUGGACGUCGAGCAUGCAAAAAUGCAACGAGAUGAGGCCGUUGUGGAAUUGGACAAAUGCAAGGAAGAUUUCAGGGUAAUACAAUCUAGCUUCGCUGCUGUAAUCGCUUGUACUUACUUAACCUCGUCGAUCUGCAAUCUGCAUCGAUCGUCCGCACAGCACCUUGUUUGCAUACUCAUACACGUGAAUAAUGAGAUGAAUUAUCUAUUUUAUUUUGCGUGGGUCCGCGUCUGAGUACUACUAGGGCGUUGUUUCAUUAGAGAAGUACUAGAUGCUCUAUGUUGAUGAAUUGAGAAUCACGUGACUCUCGAAUUUGAAUCUGAGAGAGUCUGAGUCAGAACUUGUUACGUUGUGUCCGCUGUGAAUGUCAGGAAUACGACCGAAAGCAUGCCACGGACAUGCGCGACGUGGAAGCAUUGGCUAAGAAAGAGUUGGAGAAAGUGAGGGAACAAUUUGCGGCUGAAGACGCAGAGCGUGCGGGCGAACGCGCUGAGUUUGAGGAAGAAAAACGAUACUGGGAGGCGAAAAUGGGAGACUUGAAGGGCGUCGUCGAGAGAAUGGAGGCUGAGAAGCAGUUUUCAGCAGCAGAGUCCGCGAGAAAGGUCGACAGCAUGAAAAAUCUGAUCGGGCAGGAUACCUCUGCAGAUUUUCAGUGUCAGAAGUACUACUUUUUGAUGUGGAGGUACGGACUCGCGGAAUCGCAGCGGGACCAUUACCACUCGCAGUGGCAGAGGCUGAUUGACUUGAACGAGUCGCGCAUGGCCAACUUGUGCAACAUGUUUUCGCACGAGGUGGCCGGCCCCGACGUCAGCGGCUACUUCAAGCGGUGGAAACAGUACACAGAGAAGCAUGCAGGCGAACGGCGGCAAUUACGUAUCACGGAACGACAGAACGCGCAAGUACAGCACCUGAUGUCGCACGAACGCGAUGGGCGUGUCAUCCGCGCGUUCUUUCGUCAGAUGGAGAAAGCUAAGAACGCGGCUCGCGCAAGGCGAAAACUUAGCAACUUGUUGGAGAAGGAAGACCGACGACGCUGGCUGGGGCAGUGGCGC